AUGCGAGAAGUAAAAGUUGGCGAUACGGUAUUUGACCUCAAUAAUAAUGCUUCGGCUUUGGCCGGUUACCAGGAGGUAAAGCCCACGGUUUACUCCAACUUAUAUCCCAGCGACAGUUCUCAUUAUAAGGAAUUCAAAAAAUCGUUGGAAGAAUUACAAAUCCAAGAUAGCAGUUUGAGUUUAGAACCCAUUGAUUCCCAAUUACUCGGCCCGGGUCUACGAGGCGGAUUUUUAGGCUUAUUACACCGAGAAAUUAUUAAAGGGAGAUUAGAAAAAGAGUAUGACUGUGAAAUUAUUAUUACUCCGCCGAGUAUUGAUUAUCAGAUAAUUUUAUCUAGUGGGGAAACGAUAGAAGUUAACAACCCCCAAAAAAUACCGACCAAGGAUAAAAUGAAAAUUAUUGAAGAAUUGUUUAUUAAUUUAAAUAUUGCUACUCCCGAGGAGCAGUUGGGAGAGAUUUCUCAAUUAUGCCAAGACAAACGGGGCUCGCUCUAUCAGUUGAAUUAUCAUUUGCCUUUUGCCGAAUUUAUUCUCGAUUUUCAUGAUAAAAUUAAAUCAAUUUCUCACGGCUAUGCUUCUUUUGAUUAUCAAAUGAUUGGGUUUAGACCUAGUGAUAUUGUGAAAAUAGACAUUUUAUUAAAUAAUCAAUUAAUUCCCGAUUUAUCUUUUUUAGCACACCGAAGUUCGGCCUAUGGACGUGCUAAAACCACCUGCGAACAAUUGAAAAUGACUCUGAAUCGGCAAAAUUUUCCCGUUCCGAUUCAGGCUGUUGAUGGCAACCACGUAAUUGCCCGAGAGACCCUACCAGCUUUAAAAAAAAAUGUUAUAUCUCGGAUUCAUGGAGGUGGGGCUUUAGACCGAAAAAUGAAACUCUGGGCCAAACAAAAAAAAGGCAAAGCUCGCAUGAAAGAAGUAGGCAAAGUAAAUUUUGGGGCUGGCAAUUUACGAGCACUUUUAAAAAAUUUUAAAGAGGGACAAGAUUAUUCAAUUUCUCCGACCGAUGAACCCAACAUAAAAACCUAUAAUUUUCACAAUGAUAAGUUGAGAAGUAUGUUUCGGGAUGAUAGAGUGCCAGUGCGAAUAACCCAAGAAGCCUACGACGGCAAAGAUUAUGCUUAUCGCGGUCAUUUUGAGGAAGGAAAGGAUUAUAGUUAUAGCCACCGGCAUUGGUAUUAUGGGGAAAAUUAUCAAGGAAACCGCGGGACGGAUGUUUUUGGCGAUGACGAGCAUUACCGAGAAAUCACGCCUAAUAGUUUAGCGUGUGAAAUGGAGCAUGUUUCGGGCGAUCUAGUGAAAAAUGAUAAUCAUUCCCACUUGCGAAAAGAAAACCACGAAUUACGUCAACAAUUAGCAGAAGUUAAGCAACAAUUAGCCGAAGUUUUGGAGGAAUUGCGAAAGUUGAGAAAUAAUUCGUCCGGUUCGGAUAGUGAAAAAUUGGAACAACAAAUAAUUCAUAACGAAAAAUUGAUUAAAAACAGUGAAGCGGUUUCGGUAAACGAAAUUAAAGACCAGAUUAAUAAAUCGCAAGCGUUAAUGAAUGAAGUUAGUGCUACUGGUGCUCCAAACAAAGAUGAUAAAGUUUAUCACUAUCAACGGCAAAGAUUAGCCAAAAUUUACCAAAAAGAAUUUCAGGCUUACGCUAGUUCUUAUAUUCGUUUUGGUGUUGGAAUAUCGGUUCCCCAAGUUCAUGACUUCUCCGAUUUUUUGGACACUAUGGCACACGAAUUAGCCCACUGUCUAUUAGGCGAUUUUGAUUUCGAUUUAGCCGCCGACCAUGAAGGGGGAGAACACAAGCAAUUAACUCGGGAAAUCGCGGAAUACUUGGAGAAAAUGCCCGAAGUUAAGGAAUUAGAACGAUUACAGAGAAACUUUAAGAAAGAUUGCGAUGAGUUUAUUUAUGUAGACAAAUAUCUCAAUCUUGACCGCAAAGAUUUUUGCUGUGAGGAAAUGUAUGAGAACCUAUUGGGAGAGGACAAUAGUGGUGAAUGUGAAUUACAUUUUGGUUAUAUUCCACAAUUUAGAGAAUAUUUUAUUGAUAUCAAGGACGAGUAUGGCGGGGCUGUUCUUUUAAUAUCUUAUUGUCCGUGGUGUGGAAAAAAAUUGCCAAAGGGGCUUCGCGAGGAGUUUUUUGAUAUAUUGGAAAAAGAAUAUAAGAUAGAAACCGAUAUUGGUGAAUACAAAGAAAGAGCAGAUAUCCCCCAAGAAUUCAAAAGCGAUGAAUGGUGA